GUUCUUUCAAGUGUAUUAGGUAGGAAGAUGGAAUUCCCCUGCUAUAAAGAAUAUUCUUGGCGGCUAUAGUAUGGUUGGAGACUUGAAUUUUUCUUGCUAGUUUGAUUAGUCCUUGACAUUUAACAAUCUCUAUAUCUGAGCUAUCACGCUGAGAGAAUGUCAAGCUAGUUAAUAUACGGUUAAUUGCAUUUUUUGCAUAUAAUUUGAGGUUUACCCCAUUGCCCCAUUAUAUGUUACUAAAAGCGAAGAAGAAUUAUUAAUUUUUAUACAGAAGGUUUUAUACUAACUUUGGGUUGUUAUCUAGAGAAAUAUGUACCUGUUACUUGCAUUGUUGUUCCAUUAUGUCUACUUCUCUAUAUUGAAAAUGAUUAGGCUCUGAAGUGAAGUGUGUUCUUAUCACAUGUCAUACGUUUACAGAAUAUGGAUACCUCAAGUCCUGCAGUUUUUGUCAAUGGGGAAUUGCUUCGUAUGUUUAUUGGGCGGAAAGUUCGUAUAGUUGUUCAGGUGAUGCAAUCAGAUGCAGGAUCUAUAUUCGGAAAAUCAACUGAUAAUCAACAGGUUAUCAUUAAGAACUCACAACCAACUCAGCCACUCACCACAUAUGUUGAGGCUAUUGGUAUAGCAGACAGUAACCAAUCUGUUCGUGCUGAGAUAUUGACCAACUUUGGUGAUAAUUUUGAUGCACAGAACUAUAAUGAGCUAUGCCAGCUUGCUAAUGGGGAAUAUAAACACUUGUUCCUUUGAGGCUUUGAGCUAUGGACUUUGGUUAACUAUUGAUGGCCUGUUCUUUUACUCUAGCUCUUAAUCAAUGUAGUUUCGGUUAAUCUAGAACUAAUAGCGGUUUUUCAGUAAGCUUAAGCAACUUUGAUCUGUUCAUCUAAAAAAUCAGUGGAACGUUUAGUUUAGUAUAUUAAAUUUUAAUUGUAUGUUUUAAAAGCAUUUUCUUUACAUUACAAGUUGUGUAGUCUACAACAUUGAAGCAGAACAUGAAUCUUCCAACCGUUUCAAGGACUGAAGAAAACGACCACGUAACAUCAGGGAGUCUUGAAUUGGAAUCACUCACCGAUGGAAAGAGAUAUUGACAAUUGAGAAUGAAGUGUCUCAAAUCAGUAUUUUAGUUUGUUAUUUUAAUUAAUUAUUACUUUGUUUCUUGCUAGGAAGUCAAUCCAUUUGAUGUAUAUAUAACAAAGAAGAGGGGAAAAUUAAUUCAAUAUCAUGUAUGUAUAAGAACAGCACGAGACGAUUUCAAUAUGAGACGAAUAGCUUAAUCACCCCAAUUAUAAUUUUUUUGUCAA